UUUUAAAAGAGCUCGAGCUCCGACAGCGCUUCACUCCGCUGUAGAGAGAGAGAGAGAGAGAGAGAGAGUGAGUGAGUGAGUGAGUGAGUGAGUGAGUGAUGUCUAAAGAGCCGGAGGCCGGAGGGAGGGAGAUCAUGGAGAGGGAGAUCAUAGGGAGGGAGAUCAUGGAGAGGGAGAUCAUGGAGAGGGAGAUCAUGGAGAGGGAGAUCAUGGAGAGGGAGAUCAUGGAGGCCAAGCUGCUGUGGAACCCGGACUCCAAGAACAACACGCACAUGGACCGGUUCCGGGCUCAGGUGACCCGGGACUAUGGGCUUAACCUGGGUGAGUGCGCGAGAGUGAAUUAUAAUGAGCUGUAUCAGUGGUCAGUGGAGAAUUAUGCUGAUUUCUGGGCAGAAGUUUGGAAGUUCUGUGGUAUCUCCUGCUCACAGAUGUAUGAGGAGGUGGUGGAUGUGUCUAAGAGGAUCUCGGAUGUUCCUGAGUGGUUCCGAGGCAGCAGAUUAAACUACACUGAGAAUCUUCUCAAACACACAGAUCAGGAGAAGGUGGCGCUGUACGCUGCAGCUGAAGGAAGAGAAGAAAUCAUGAAGGUGACGUUUGGAGAACUGAGGCGUGAAGUUGCUCGCUUUGCUGCCUCAAUGAGGAAGAUGGGCAUUAAAGCAGGAGACAGAGUUGUAGGUUAUCUGCCUAAUUGUGUUCAUGCGGUCGAGGUGAUGUUGGCUGCAGCGAGUAUCGGGGCGAUUUGGAGUUCCACGUCUCCGGACUUCGGGGUUAACGGAGUGUUAGACAGGUUCUCUCAGAUCCAGCCGAAGUUGAUCUUCUCUGUAGCUGCAGUGGUGUAUAACGGCAAACAACACGACCACAUGGACAAGCUGCAGAGAGUCGUUAAAGGUCUUCCUGAUCUAAAGAAGGUUGUUGUCAUUCCUUAUGUUCGUUCCAAAGGGGAGAUAGACCUGUCCAAGAUUCCUAAUAGUGUGUUCCUGGAGGAGUUUCUGGCCAUGGGAAUGGAGGGAGAUCAGGAUCCUCAGUUGGAGUUUGAGCAGCUUCCAUUUUCUCAUCCUCUGUUCAUCAUGUACUCCUCCGGCACCACAGGGGCGCCCAAGUGCAUGGUGCACUCUGCAGGGGGGACUCUGAUUCAGCACCUUAAAGAACACAUUCUCCACGGCAACAUGACGAGCAAUGAUGUCAUCAUCUACUACACUACAACGGGGUGGAUGAUGUGGAACUGGUUGGUGUCGUCUCUGGCUGUUGGAGCAUCGGUGGUUCUGUAUGAUGGUUCUCCUCUGGUUCCGACACCUGAUGUUCUGUGGAACCUGGUGGACCAGCUCGGAAUCACGAUCUUCGGUACAGGAGCAAAAUGGCUGUCUGUCCUGGAGGAGAGGAACCUGAAACCAGCUGACACACACAGUCUGCAGAGUUUACACACCAUCCUGUCGACCGGGUCGCCGUUAAAGCCACAGAGUUACGAGUAUGUUUACAACUGCAUCAAACACAACGUUCUGCUCGGCUCCAUCUCAGGUGGGACAGACAUCAUCUCGUGCUUCAUGGGGCAGAACCUCACUGUUCCUGUGUACAAAGGAGAGAUCCAGGCGAGGAACCUGGGUAUGGCUGUGGAGGCCUGGAGUCCUGAAGGUAAAGCGGUGUGGGGUGAGAGUGGGGAAUUGGUGUGUUUGAAGCCGAUCCCGUGUCAGCCCACUCACUUCUGGAAUGAUGAUAACGGCAACAAAUACCGCAAAGCAUAUUUCUCUACUUUCCAAGGAGUGUGGGCUCAUGGUGAUUACUGCAAGAUCAACCCAAAGACAGGAGGAAUCGUGAUGCUGGGGAGAAGUGACGGGACGCUGAACCCGAACGGCGUGCGCUUCGGGAGCUCGGAAAUCUACAACAUCGUGGAGGCGUUUGAGGAGGUGUGUGACAGUGUGUGUGUUCCUCAGUAUAACUCUGAUGGAGAGGAGCGAGUCAUUCUCUUCCUGAAACUGGUGCAGAAUGAAACCUUCAGCGCCGAGCUGGUGGCAAAAAUCCGCAGCGCGAUCAGAGCGUCCCUGUCGGCUCGCCACGUCCCCACCAUCAUCCUGCAGACUAAAGACAUCCCGUACACAAUCAGUGGGAAGAAGGUGGAGGUGGCAGUGAAGCAGGUGAUUGCAGGUAAGGAGGUGAGUCAGCGUGGUGCGUUCUCCAACCCUGAGUCUCUGGAUCUCUAUAAGAACAUACCUGAGCUGCAGAACUUCUAACCAACCUGCUGCUGGAGCUUCAGCACCUUCUGUAGCCCACGGACCCCUGAUGGAUGAACAGAACCUCUGAGAAUGUUUGAAAUCAUAAUGAACUUCAGAUCUACGGAACUCCUGAUGGAACUCCAGAUGGUCUUUUUGAUCUUCUGAUACAUGUUGAAAAAACCCCUGCAGGUUCGAUAUCUCACUGACCCCUGGAGUGCUGGCAAAAUGGAAACAGUCAUCAGGAGUCACAUGACCACAAUUGACAUCCUCAGGAGUCACAUGACCACGAGUUACCUUCCAAACCAGAAAAUAAAACCAGUAAAAUUUGAUGACAUCUGUUCAUUUAACUGAAGUGACCAAUAAGAGUGGAAAUGCUUUAUUAAAGCUGAGUACUAACCACACCCCUUAUGACCCCACCCUUUAUCAUCACCCCACCUCUAAACUUAAUGGUGAAGUUUAACAUUACAGUUGGAGCUGCAGAAAUUCUUUCUGUUGUUAUUACUAAUUAAUGAGCUACAAUGUAUUGUUAUUAAGAUAAGAAAACUAACCACACCCCCUGACUGUAGCUCCACCCUCACUGUCAUUCUGCCCUAAUCUUAGCUCCACCCCAACCCUAAACUUUUUUUACUAUAACUUGCCCCUCAUCCUAAUCUCACACAUUAUCCCUGAUUAUAACCCCACCUCUAAGUAAAACCCCACCCAUAAUCUUAAACCCUCAUGAAUAAUAUCCCCAUCCCAUAAUCCUAACUCUACCCACAGUCUAAACCACACCCAUAUUCUUAAUCCGACUAACUCUAACUCCACGCUCCCUAACUCUACCUAUGGUCUUGACCCCGCCCCUCAGCUGCUCAGCUCUGUGGUGUAAACAAUGAAUUUAAAAUUAUUUACAAAGAAAAUUGGACUUUAAGGAAAUCUAUUUCAUAUCCAGUCCGUAAAACAGGAUUUUCCCAUAAUUCCUUGUGUGAGAGAUUUAAUCACACACAUUCCUGCGCAGUCCGUUAGAGAAGCUCAUUACUUUUACUACACAUUUAAAUAAUAAGUGGAGGAAUGUUUAUAAGUGAUUUAGUUUCUGUAACAGUGUUGUAUUUAUAGUUGAUGUAAAUGUUUUAAUGUAAAAUUCUAAAGUUUCUGUUCAGAAAUAAUUUUAUUGCAGUGUUACACAAACUUUUAUC